UAUUUAAGCUCGUGCUUCGCUCGCGAACGAUUUAGUUUCUGAAUUCUGUGUACUUGGGAUGGUUGAUGAUUACGUCGUGAGAAUGUCGAAGCUAAGUAUCAGUUUUUUCUUCAUUGGAUUGGCGCUCUUAGGUGUGUGGACCUGGCCAUGCGACGGAUCUCCGUUGUCCCGCGAUAGCUCUGAAUCUAACGAAACGGACAAUGUGGGCAAGAUGUUACAGGAAAUACGUGCACAAUGCAUUAAAAACACAGGAUCCGAUACAGACUUCCCUAAAUUCAUGGCAUCAGUUGAACAUAGCAUGAUGUGUUUGGCAGAUUUCGAUACAGAGAAAUUCAAGAUCGAUUUCAACGAACUGACCAACGCAACGCGAGGAACAUUCUUCCCCAAAUACUGUCACAAGAUACGAUCGUUCGUCUCUUGCAUAAAUAUAUCGUUAAUAUAUAUGCAACCAUGUCUCGAGUCGAGUGCUUUCCAGAUUGCGAAGGCAUUAAUAGACAGCAUACCAGAAGCCUCGAACCUUGCGUGUAAAAACGAUGGUGAAAUCAUAUUUCAACUGAAGGACGAGGAACGCAAAGAGUGUAUAAUGCAGAAAGAAGAUGAAAUAUCAACGUGUUUCAACACGUUCAAAACGGACAUGAACGGUAUCAUCGAUUUUGCUGAACUGAAGCAGGACCAAUGCGGCCCACUUACAAACUUCAGACAGUGCUUGAAGGACAUACUGGACCAUUGUGACUUGUCAGAUAUUGUAAGCGUCUAUGAUAUACCGUUAAAUGCUAUGUUGCCCCUGACCCCUUGUGCUAACUACACGCAGACGACGAUGGUUCACCUUCUUGAUAACAACUCAGUUGGAGGGGAUUAAAACUAUUGACAAAAGUUCAGGGGUAUGGAUGGACUUAUGGAUCAUUGAAACCUUUUUCGUAACAUAUCGCUUGGAAAUGCUAACCUUAUUAAAUUAGCUAUGGAUUAAAAUGCAGCGGAAAGGGUUCUUCGACCUAUAAAAGCAAGGAAUUGAAAUAAAGUAAAUUGACAAACAAAACACAAAUAGCCCUGGAGUGAACGUGGUUUUACCUGAAACAAUGAUUACUGAACGAAUGUAUUGAAGAUGUCAGAGCGCAUGCGCUUGAACCAGAUCGUAAAACUGGUUAAAAAGAUCUUCUAUGAAAUAAAAAACUAAUUGAAUCCCAGUCUGUCGAUUAU